CAUAUCAUUUUUGUCAGCUGAUUAUGAUUGCUAAAAUAUUUUUCUAAAUAACGCAAAAAUUAUCAAACAUUUUUUCAAAAGUUUAAAUAGUGUUUAUGGAUUUGGUGUAAGAUGAGGUUUACACAAAAUCUAAGGUUCCAUUUUGGACAAAUUGAUUUCAGUGCCAAACAGCAAUUUGUGCCCAAGCAUAACAAAGUUUUAGAAGAAGAUAUAAAACGUUUAGAAAACUUUUUACUCUCUAAACCAAAAACAUUGGUGUUAACUGGUGCAGGAAUAUCAACAGAAUCUGGCAUACCUGACUAUAGAUCUGAGGGAGUUGGCUUAUAUGCUCGAACCAAUCACAAACCAAUUCAAUAUAUAGAGUUCCUAAAAUCAGCUGAUGUACGACAACGCUACUGGGCAAGAAAUUUCGUUGGUUGGACUAAAUUCUCCGCAACUGAACCAAAUGCCGUACAUCAAACCUUAGCACGUUUUGAACGUGAGGAACGUAUACAAGGAGUUGUUACUCAAAAUGUUGAUCGUUUACACAUAAAAGCCGGUUCUCGCAACGUUGUUGAAAUUCAUGGUAGUGGUUAUGUCGUUGAAUGCCUUUCAUGUGAUUAUCGUAUUGAUCGUCAUAAUUAUCAGGAUAUCUUAAACAGCAUGAACCCCGCUUUGAGAGAUUCAGCAGUAGAUAUGAUUAGACCAGAUGGAGAUGUUGAAAUUCCAGUAGAACACAUAAAAAGCUUUAAAGUACCAGCAUGUCCGAAAUGUAACGGCAACAUGAAACCAGAAAUUAUAUUCUUUGGUGAUAAUGUGCCUAAAACACGCGUUGAUAAAAUAGCAGAAAUGAUAUAUAAUAGUGAUGGCUUAUUGGUGCUCGGUUCUAGUUUAUUAGUGUUUUCUGGGUAUCGUAUGGUGCUGCAGUCAAAAGAUUUAAAUUUACCUGUAACUAUUGUUAAUAUUGGACCUACUCGCGCAGAUCAUUUAGCUGAUAUUAAAUUGGAUGCAAAAUGUGGAGAUGUUAUACCAAAAUUAUUUAAUUAUAAAAGUUGAUGUUAUAUAAAUUUCGUAUUGUGUUCGUUUUUACUUUGUUUUACUCUGUUAUUGUUAUAGAAAAUUUUUUAAAUGUAUGAUUUCAGAAAUGUUGACUAUAUUGUAUAAUUUGUAAAUUUUUAAAAUACAUGAUUUUCGAAUUGUUGGCUUUGUUCUACAAUUUGUAAGUUGUUAAAAUAUC